AUGACCUCGACUGCGUUGCCCGCGGAGGCAGUCCUUCGUCGGAUGGUGUCCAGCGACUCUACGCCUGCCUCCUCUGCAGAUAUCUCUCCUCUCGAUAGUCCUCGAUCCUCGCCUUCGUCGACCUCACUCUCCUCUCUAGCCUCUGAAGAUGCCGUGCUCCGAGAGAAACAGGUGGCGGAGAAGAAACAAUUGGUGGACACCUAUGGUAACCCGUUUGAAAUCCCCGAUUACACCAUUGGGGACAUCCACAAAGCCAUUCCCAAACACUGCUUCGAGCGGUCAGCUGCUACUGGUCUGUACUAUGUGGCACGAGACAUUGCCAGUUUGGCCACCACAUUUUACCUUUUCAACCGCUUUCUGACUCCGGAGAACGUCCCUAAUACUUCCCUUCGGGCCGGUCUCUGGUUUGUGUACACCGUGGUACAAGGCCUUUUCGGGACAGGCUUGUGGGUAAUGGCCCACGAGUGCGGCCAUCAGGCCUUCUCGCCCAGCAAGGUGCUUAACGAUACGGUGGGCUGGAUCUGCCAUUCAGCUCUCCUGGUGCCCUACUUCUCUUGGAAGAUUUCUCAUGGCAAACAUCACAAGGCGACUGGCAACUUAGACCGAGACAUGGUUUUUGUCCCUCCGACCAAGGAAGAGUAUGCCUCUCGAAGGGGAUAUCUACUUCAUCAGCUUGAAGACCUCACAGAGGAGACACCGAUUGCCACCGCGUACUACCUGAUCACCCAGCAAUUGGGCGGCUGGCCCGUGUACUUGAUGACCAACGUCACUGGCCACAACAAGCACGAAAAUCAGCGCGAAGGCCGAGGAUUAGGCAAGCACAAUGGGUUCGGUGGUGGUGUGAAUCAUUUCAACCCUGCAAGCCCCCUCUACGAGGCGAAGGAUGCCAAGUUGAUCGCACUCAGUGACCUAGGUCUUCUGCUCACUGGUAGCGUUCUGUUUUGGGUGGGGAGAAACUAUGGGCUGGCCAAUCUAUUUGUCUGGUACAUUGCACCGUAUCUCUGGGUGAACCACUGGUUGGUGGCCAUCACGUUUCUGCAACACACUGACCCAACCUUGCCUCAUUACACCCCCACCAGCUGGACUUACACUCGAGGUGCGGCAGCCACAAUCGAUCGGGAAUUCGGGUUUAUUGGGAGACAGCUGCUCCACGGUAUUGUCGAGACCCACGUCCUUCACCACUAUGUCAGUACAAUUCCCUUCUACCACGCCGAUGAAGCUAGCGAAGCCAUCAAAGGCGUCAUGGGCCGUCACUAUCGAAGUGACACCAAGGAUGGAGCGAUCGGGUUUUUGAAGAGCAUGUGGAAAUGCAUGCGAACGUGCCAGUGGGUGGAACCCAUUGCAGGCACCACCGGGGAUGAAUCUGGGGUCAUGUUCUUCCGCAAUCGCAAUGGCUUAGGAUUGGCUCCAGCCAAGGUCCCAAAGCCUACCGCAUCUUAA